CUUUCCAGUUUUGUUGAGGCAUUGUCACUCCAUCUGCAACAUCCUCCAAAAUGGCUUCUGGAUUCCCAGAGAAGACACCACCACCUCGUCCUUUGUCCAGAGAGAGACUGAAGUCUCUUAGUCUGCUUUCCUCUAAUUUCCGGAGGGCGAGCUUACUCAACGUGAAGAAGAAGACCAGCACUGAGGGGACUGUUCUCCCCAAAAUUGGCCCAUUUCUAAACACCAGAGGUCAAAAGUUGUCAUCAGUUGCCCCGAAACAGAGCUUGCUUCGGGUUUCUCCACCAGAGAUGGUAUUUCAGAACGUCAUCGCUCAUGAGGUCUCUGAAAUGGUCGUGUCUGUCAUGAAUAAGGGCGAGUGUCUGCAGCUGGUGAAGGUCUCCAUGGAGAGCUCACCGUAUUUCCAGCUGGCAUGCCCCAAUGGCGCGUGCCAUGCCGUGCCAGCAGGCGCGUGUGCCCGUGUGCGCGUCCGCUUCACCCCUGACGAGAACAAGGAUUAUUCGCAUGAGCUCGUCUGCGUCAGUGGAGAGGAAAGGAUAGUUGUGCCAAUUCGGGCCAUUUCUGCCCGACCUGUCCUGGACUGUCCUCACCAGCUGGACUUCUCGGAGUGUCCGGUCAGGUGCAGCACCCAGAAGACUCUGCUGGUUCGCAACGUUGGUAACGCGACAGCUCAUUACCAGCUGAGCACCCAGAGUCCUUUCUCCGUGGUUCCAGCCACAGGAACUCUGGGCCCUGGUGACAGCAUGCAGGUGACAGUGGGAUUUCACCCGCCGACGGUUGGUCACCAUUCUGGAUCCCUGCAAGUGUGCUGCACAGGUGAAAAAAGUAUCCACAUAAACCUUCGGGGAGAAGCUGAUGAUGUACACAUUGUGUUAAACCCACAGUCCGUGAACUUCGAGAAGACUUUCAUCACCACGUCAAACCACAGAACCGUGUGCAUCAGAAACAGGAGUAACAUCACAGCCCACUUCCAGUGGAAGACUUUUUCUGAGGAAGACGAGAAUAAAGAGAAGAAGAGGCAGUGUCGUUUGCUGUGGCCGUUGCCAAAGGUCUGGUUGGAAAACUUCAUGGAGGAGAAAAAAAUAAAGGAGGAGAAGGGCUUUUGUGAAGAUCGCAUUGCCCUCCUGAGCAACAAAGUCACGGAGGAGAUGGCAAAGGUGCAGGAAGACCCCAUGCUGUUCUCCGAUGACAUUUUUAUCAUUGAGCCAAUAGAGGGAGAGAUUGGGCCAUAUUGUUCGGCGGAAAUCAAGGUGACCUUUAAACCCCUAGAAGCACGGGAGUAUCGACGUGUGGCUUACUGUGACAUCUCAGGACGUGAGAGCAGGCUGCCCCUGCACCUCAGAGGGGAAGGCCAAGGACCCUUGCUUGAAUUCAGCUGUAAAACUCUGAACCUUGGGAAGAUUUUUUUCAGAACAACUCACAUCUAUGAGGUGAAACUGAUUAACAAAGGAGUUCUUGAUGCUCCCUUCACCUACAUCCCUUCAACCACAAAAGUGGGCUGCUGCUUCCAGUUUGCACCCAAGGAGGGCAUCAUUGCACCGGGUGGGAUCCAGACUCUUCAGUUCUCCUUCAAUGCCAGCAUAGUGGGGUCGUUUUCGGAAGACUUCCAGUUCAGUGUGGCUGGAUCUCCUAAGCCUGUGACCCUGUCAAUCAGGGGCCGUGUCAUUGGACCGACUUUACAGUUCGACCCCAAAGCCAUGAACUUUGGUGACAUCUCCUUUGGCUUUCCCUACACCAGGACCUGUCGUCUCAUUAACACCUCCGAGAUGCCCCUGACGUUCCAGCUCCGCAUGUCGGAGGAUGGCACGCAGCCUGCUGUGAGCUGCUUUGAUCAAAUACGCAGCGACACUGACCCAUCCUGGAGGGAGGGAAUUCAUUUUGAUGCGGAGCCAAGGGAGUUUACAAUGAGUCCCAGCCGAGGGACCCUCCUCCCCCAGGAACACCAGGAUAUCGAGGUGACCCUGUGUUCCAAUUCCGUGAUGGAAUUCAACCGCAAACUGCUGGUGGACGUGGAAGGGAUGGGCAAGGAACUGGCAUCACUGAUCAUCGAGGCCAGAUGUGUCGUUCCUGAGCUGGAAGUAAUACCCGAAAUCCUGUCGUUCGAUGAGUGCUACCUGAAGGUGCCAUAUGAGAAGAAGUUCUGCAUUAGGAAUACCACCGACCUUCCUGGCUGCUAUGGGCUUAUUCCCCAGAGACGCAAGGAGGACUCUCCUGUGUUCUACUCCAGCCCCAAACCCUGUGGGAUUGUCCAGCCUUGGAGCACUGCAGAGAUUCCUGUUCUAGUUGAAGUCCAAAAGCUGGGCAAGCACAGCACCGAAGUUCUUAUCGGCGUGUUCGGGGAUGAAAGAAACCCACUGAGAACAACACUGUGGGGUGUUGGACGGCUGGCAGCAAUCUACCCAAGUCCUAGGCGGAUAGAGUUUGGCAGAACCCAAGUGCUAAAGCCUAAAUCACAACAUUUUUGGCUCAUCAACGAAGGUCUCGUGGACACAGACUUCAGGCUGGAGAUUGUAAAGAAACCCCAUUGCUAUGUCAUUGAACCCAGAGAAGGAGUGAUCCCAGCUAGGGGUGAGGUUCCUGUGACUAUCACAGCAACCCUGGAUGACACUGGGUUUUUUGCUGAUGAUAUCCAGCUGUUCAUUUGGAACAGCCUUUGGACCACCUUCUUCAUUGAGGCUUCUGGCAUUGGCACCACAAUUGUCACAGACAAACCAUUAGGCCCAGAGCUCAACUUGGGAUACCAAUUCAGCCUCCUUCCCUGUACCCGUCGGUUCAAACUGACAAACAGGGGCCACCAUUUCCAACGGCUCUUCUGGAAGGUGGAAUGCUACCACCCAAUCAAAGAGACGGGCUGGAGGGCCACAGCCCUCCGUCAGCAGAUCAAACAUGCCACCCCUGCCUUUGGGCUGGAGCCAUGGCUGAUGGAGCUGCAGCCAGGCCAGUCUGUGGACGUGGUGCUGCAAGGCUUCUCCAACAUCCCGCAGGCGGUGCGGGAUUAUGUGGUCUGUGAAGCCGCCAUUGGGACAAGCAGCAGGACAAACAAGAUAAUAGAAACAAUCAUUACCUGCCAGUUUAUUGAUCCCUCUAUAGAAGUAUCAGCCAGACGAUUUUCUUUCCGGGUGGAGAAGAAACCCAGUGAUGUCCUGACUCUGCAGUACAAGCCUUUGGCUAUAAAAAACACCUGCUGCCUGCCACUCGACCUUAUGCUGGACUUGGAGCAGCCGUUUCUGGUCUGCAAUGCGGACCAGCAGCCCCUCCCAGCUGGCCAGCCCGUGACAGUGGAUGUAGGGGAGACCUGUCAUCUCUGCAUCGCAUUUGACCCAGCUUAUAAACUGGAUUUUAAGAGCUGGAAAGAAAAGAAGGUCUUGAAGAUAGAAAUGGUCAGGGGCCAUCCUUCUGUGGAGCAUAUCACCCUCCACGGAGAGGUCCACUUCCCAAAUCUCCAAAUCCAGCCCAGCACCCUGAAGUUUGGCUGGAUCGUGGCUGGCACUAGAGAAGUGCGUUCUCUGGAGAUGAGCAACUGCAGCCCGCUGCCUGUCCAGUACCACUGGUCAUUCCAGGCAGACAGCCAGGUGAACAGGCUGAGAUAUGACCCUUACCCACCUGAAUUCAAACCCGAACCACCAAAGCUGACAUCGUUCUCUGUGGAUCACCCGGCAAGUCGAUGGAGACGCUUCAAGAGUAGAAAUGUCACAGCCCUGGAAGAAUUGCAGAGUGAAUUGCAGAAUUUUCCCCAAUCUUCAGAAACAGAGGUGCCAACACAUGCCUGGGCGAAGUAUUGCACCCAACCAGGAGUCAGCUUACAUAUUCAUGUACCGUACACUCCCCUCGAAGUGGAGGAGGCUUUCAGUAUCCAGCCGCUGUCAGGUGUGCUGCAGCCGGGAGAGAGACAGGAGGUCUCCUUCACCUUCACUGGCCACCUCAACAUCAGCGCCGAUGUCACAGCACUGUGCCACGUGGACGGAGGCCCCACCUACAGUGUGAAGGUGACUGGGAAGGCCACAAAUGUCAGCUACUCCCUGAGUUGCCGGGAGAUCGACUGCGGCUUACAGGUGUCUAAUGAAAUUCAUCACAGCAAGGUCACCCUGACAAACACCAGCCCGAUUGAAUUCAACUGGGAGCUAAAGCCUAGCACUGCAGACCAAGAUCUGCCUGGUCUGUUUCUGGUCGACCCCACCAUGGGCUCCAUUGCACCUGGCAAAAAGCAAGUGCUGAAAUUCUCUUACAUGCCAGAAUUACCAGGACCCUUCAGCAAGACUUACGAGCUUAAAGUGGCUGACCUGGACCCAGAAAAUAUCUGUCUGAAAGGAGAAGCGUGCUUUCCCAUGAUCGUUGUGAGGCUGCCCUGCAACAUCAAAGGUGGGCACUGCCUGUCUGCCCCCAGGAAGGGCCCCUCUGGUGUUGUUCCCUACCAUAUGCCCCAGGGCAGCUCAUGCCCACCUCCAGCAAGGCUGGAGGGUUGCAGGAGUCCCAGACCAACUCAAGCCCUAUGGUUGCUGAUGAGUGUUGAGCAGAGGAUCCCAUGUGGGCUUUGUCCCAGGAACCAUCCUGCAGAGCUUGCCAGCACAGCUGGCAGGGCCCUGAAGGACGAUGGCUGGACUGAAAGGCUUGGGCAAGCUGUAAGAGAGGCUGGAAAAGAAGAAUGUGAGAAGCCACCAGAACAGCUCAUAAAGCCCCUGCAACAACACAGACAAAGGAAAGAAUCAGUUGUUGGGAAUAAGACUCAGAGCCCGAAGACUGAGACCUUGAAGUCUCAGACCCUGAAAACUCAGACCCCAAAGACUGAGACCCUGAAAAUACAGACCCCAGCGACUCAGACCCCAAAGACUCAGAUUCCGAAGACUCAGAUUCCGAAGACUCAGAAGCGGAAGCUCGGCUUGCUUGGCUCUGGCACUGUACCAGACAUGCAGCUGCAGAUAAAGAUGGCAGAAAAGGCUGCUGUGGAGCUGCAGCAAAAGUGCACAUGUGAUCCCCUGAAUAGCAAUUUCCCUGACCUGCAGCAGUGCCUGAGGCUUGACAACAUUGAGCUGCCCGAGUACAUCCUGGACAUGGGCUCUAUGCUUAAGGGUCGCACUAAGAGACGGACUGUGGCGAUCACCAACCCUGGGCAGAUGCCCCUGUCCUUCCAGAUGGAUGUAUCUGUCCUGCAGGGCACAGGUUUCAGCAUGGAUCGAUACCAGGUAGAGGACCUGCCUCCCAACUACACUGUGAAAUUUGAAGUGAAGUUUACAAGUUCCCGCUGCCCCCAGGGUGAUGUGGAUGUGCUGCUGCCCAUCAAGGUAGCAAAGGGCCCCACGUAUAACAUCCGCCUCCACGUCACUGUGUUGGAACUGUCCCUCAACGUCUCAAAGGACACACUGCAGUUCUCUGAUACCCUCGUUGGGCAGUGCCAGAUUGAGACAGUCCGGCUCUACAACUGGUUCCAAGUCCCCUGCCAAUGGUCCAUUACUGCCAUCAAGCCUGUUGGGAAGAGCAAUGCCCUACGUCGGAAGCAGCAGGCACUGGAGGAUGAUCCGUGUCCCUUUGAAGUGAGGCCCUCCAGAGGAACCCUUGAUGCAGGAAGGUGGCAGAAUUUGCAAAUCCAGUUUACACCCAAGGAGGAGAGGUUUUACGAGAAUGAGCUGGAUAUUAGCAUUCAUAGGAGCUGCAAUCACUUAAAGCUGCACCUCUCAGGACAAGGUCUGGAGCCACAGUUGGAGUUCAGCCCCCCAGCACUAGAGGUGGGAUGGAUGCUGGUGGACAGCGAUGUGGGGGUGGAGGCCACAGUGGUGGUGAAGAACCCGUGCAACUUCCCCAUUGAGUUUUACUCGCUGGAUUUUGAUGAGCAGUACCUGGAGGAGGAGAAGAUCCUGCGGAUGGCCGUGGGGUCUGAGUACCAACAGAACUUUUUAAUGCCUCCACGUGCCGUGGGUGGGACGCUGCCGCCAGAGGUGCUGGAGGACUAUGAAGCACAGAAGAGGCUGAAGGCUCAAUGGGAAGAGCUCAAGGCCAUGGCAGAGGCUGAGGCCAAGGCCAUGGGCAAGGCAGCACCAGCACAUCACAGCGCUGUCACAUUCUACCCUGAGCCCAUGGGGGAAGCAACCAGGAAUCCCAUCUCUCGGGCUGUCAUGCGCCACCUGGGCAUUGACCCGUCUUCAGAGACGCGUGGAGCACAGUGGGACAGAGGGAUCGUUGUCAUUGUCCACGGGCCACCCCGGGCAGGAAAGACAGAGAUCGCGGCGGCCCUGUGUCGCUAUUAUGAUGCUGCUUGCCUGUCCAUUGACACCGUGGUGAAAGAGGCCAUCGCCAAUGAUGGGAGCCCAGCAGGGCUCCGUGCCCGGGAGCUUUGCACCAAGGCUGCCAAGGAGAAGGAGGCCAAAGAUGAACGUAAGGCUGAUCAAAAGUCUCGGCUCAGUGCUCGGCCCAAGAGUAAAAACACCUUAGCGGAAAAAAUCAACAAGAAGAGUGCCGAAGGCAAGAACACUCCAGCACAAAAGAAAAAGGAGACAGUCGAGGGGCUGCUUACAGUGGAGGCUCUGUGCCAGCCAGGGCCUGGUUUGUGGGUCCACAGUGCCAAGCCCAGCUGGCAGGCUGGGCACGACUCAGGCUGGGAAUGUGCUCUGGCAGACAGCUCCAUUGGUUCUCAGUGGUUUGCUGGCAAAGUGCAGUCCUGGCUAGUGUGGCUGCAGGCAGUGUGCAAAGCGCUGGGAGGCUGCACCAGGGGCUUGCAAGCUUGGGUCUCUGCUGGCCAGGGGAUGGGCCCUCCAGGACCCUCUCCCGGAGCCCCCAGCCUGCACUGCAGGGUUGUUCUAGCCUCCACUAGUGAGGAAGCCCAGCUCCAAGCCCAGCAGUGGCAGUUGUUCAGGGCUUUCCACCGUGGUUUCUUUUCCUUACAAUGGUCGGCAUUACAGUUCACAGUUUCCACUGCUCCUGCGCCGCAGCAGCUGAACAUCACCAGCAGUUGUGGGGAAGAGCUGAACUGCUUGAGCUGUGUGCUGCCCGAGGACCUGCUGGUGGACAUCGUCUGUGAGAGGCUGCAGCAUAAAGACUACUACAAGGGAGUGGUCUUUGAUGGCUUGGAGAGCCUCUUUGCAAGAAGCCUGGACUCCUCCCUGCUCUGUGUACUCAAAGCUGUCAAGAAUCGUCAUCAUAUCUUCAUGGUGAAUGUGCAUCAGGAUUAUGCUUCUUGGAAAGCCAAAGAGGAAGCUGAAAGACAGAGGAAGGAAGCUCAAAGAGAGAAGGAAGAACUGGAGUGGAAAGAAGCUUUUCAGAGGAACCUAGAUCGUGUCUUGCGAAUGGAUGAGGAAGAGUAUGAUGCCCCCUCUAAGAAGGAGAAAGCUGCAGUGGACAAAAUAAUGCUGGAAAGGACGCGUAUAUUGUGGCAGAGGGAGAAGCAGCGGAGGGCCCAAAAACUUGAGGAGAAGGCAAAAGCCUUAGAGGAGGAAGAGAGGCGGAAGAAGGAAAAGAAGGGUGCAAAACCAGAGAAGGAGAAAACCAAACCACCAGAGAAGGGUGAAAGCAAAGCCCCAGAGAAGAAGGAAAUGAAAGCCCCAAAGAAGGGGGAACCCAAAGCCCCAAAGAAGGGAGAACCCAAAACCCCUGAGAAGGGGGAACCCAAACCCCCUGAAAAGUUGAAACCCAAAACCCCUGAGAAGGGGAAACCCAAAGCCCCAAAGAAGGGGGAACCCAAAACCCCUGAGAAGGGGGAACCCAAAACCCCUGAGAGGGGGGAACCCAAACCCCCUGAAAAGUUGGAACCCAAAACCCCUGAGAAGGGGGAACCCAAACCCCCAAAGAAGGGGGAACCCAAAACCCCUGAGAAGGGGGAAAUGAAAGCCCCAAAGAAGGUGGAACCCAAAACCCCUGAAAAGUUGGAACCCAAAACCUGUGAGAAGGGGGAACCGAAAGCCCCAAAGAAGGGGGAACCCAAAACCCCUGAGAAGGGGGAACCCAAAGACCCUGAAAAGUUGGAACCCAAAACCCCUGAGAAGGGGGAAACAAAAGCCCAAAAGAAGGGGGAACCCAAAGUCUUAAAGAAGUUGGAAACCAAAACCCCUGAGAAGGAGGAACCCAAACCCCCAAAGAAGGGGGAAACCAAAACCCCUGAGAAGGGGGAACCCAAAGCCCCAAAGAAGGGGGAACCCAAAGCCCCAAAGAAGGGAGAAACCAAAGCCCCAGAUAAAGGGGAAAUGAAAGCCUCAGAGAAGGGUGAAACCAAAGCCCCAGAGCAAGAAGAAACUGAAAUCCCCGUGGACGCAGCUGAGAUGGAGAAGAACUUGAUCUUGAGGUUUCAGAUCCAUGAGUCAUCACAGCAGAAUGUCGCACAGGUUUUCUCCUACUGGGACAGGGUUCGGGGUACCAUGGAGUUCCCUGUGAUUGAAAAGGGAAUCAAGAAACAGCUUUCAGCUGAAAGCAAAAGUCAGAAGACGAGUAAGGCUCAGGCGAAGGUGGAGAAUAAGCCUGCACAAAAACAUGGAGACCUAAGGAGCCUUCCGUCACCUCAGCUGGAGACGAAAAGCAAAGUUGCAGAGGGGACAGUCAGAGAUGAGCAUGUCGGGGUGCCGUGCCUGGACAUCCAGGUCACAAAUCCAAAGGCCAUGUUUAUGGAGAUCCUGAGCAGUGGGAGGCUGCCAACGUUUGAAGAGAUGCUGAGACAUCUGGGACUGCAUCCCGAAGGGCCUCCCCUUCCCCCUGCUGUCGUCUUCUCCGUAGUCCCCUACCCAGAGGAGCGGCUGCGCUCUGCAGAGCGCGUGAAGCUCUUCACCAUUGACGCACCAGAAGGUGCUGCUGUGGAGGACAAUCUGGCCAAGGCCCCAGAUGUGAAGGGCAGUUCUGCCAAGGGCCAACCAAAGAUGGGUCAAGCGACCAGCAGAGACAGCUCUCCAAAGGAGAACCAGAUCUCCACUCAGAGAACAGAAAGUCCCUGGGACUCAUCCACAUCAAGACCCAAAAGUACGCUGAAAAGUGCCUCGAUCCCCACAGAAUUCCUCAGGCUGAAACGGUACCGGUGGAUAGUGCCUGCCCACGGUGAGGUGGAACUGAAGGUCCGCUUCUUCACCGAAAUGCCGGGGAACUUUGAGCAGACACUGAGGUUUGAGCUCGUGGAGACAAAGCGCCAGUACGAGCUGCCCUGCAGUGCCACCGGCCUGUACCCCAGCAUCAGCCAGGACCCACGGCUGGUGUUUCCACGGUGGAGGGAGACCAUGGAGGAAGACGAAAUCAUCUUCAAGGAAUAUGUUGAGAGCACAAAGCAAUUCCACUUUGGACCGCUGCUGUGUGGGAAAUCAAGAGAGUGGUACCAGGCCCAGAACUGUCCUGGCAACUCGGAGGGUAUAAACAUCCUCAACAACUCCCCCAUGGAUGUAGAGGUCCAGUUCUCCUUUGAGAAUGAUGAUAAAGGAGAGACGUUCCUUUUGGACCCUCCCAGGAUGACACUGAAACCAAACGAGAAGCAGGCGCUGACCAUUUGGGCAUACCCCACUUCCCCUGGCUUCCUGGAAGACAAACUCAUCUGCUGCAUUGAGAAGAACCCGGAGCCAGUGGUCUUCAGCCUGUGCUGCUAUGGAGUCCAUGCGCAGCUGGAUGUCAGCCCCCUGGAGCUGUCUUUCAAUAAGCUGCUUCUGCACAGGCGUGACAGCAGGACCUUGGUCCUGAAAAACGACACCCUACUGCCCAUGGCCUGGCAGCUCAGUGGGCUGGAUGACCUUGUUGAGGACUUCUCCUUGUCACAAGAUCAGGGCACCAUUGAUGCCCUCUCAAGGUUUGAAGUGACACUGAAUUUCAGUGCCGGGCAGGUUGGCAGCAUUGAGAAGACCCUGCGGCUAGAGGUUACAGAUACAGAAAACAUCCUGGGGAUUGUUCAGGCUGAAAGCAUCAAAGUCUCUGCAGAGGUCUGUGAUGUUCUUGUGAACAUCGACAUGCCUGAAGGUCCAGAUGGAAAUUUGGAAUUUGGAACCAUUAAUGUCCUGGAUAAGGUGAAGAAAGUCCUGAGUCUAAAGAAUAAAGGGGUAUACGACCUUGAGUACAGGUUCAUGCUGAAGGGUGCAGGUCCCAGUAUGAAAGACUUGGCAUCCCACUUCACUGUUGAGCCUCAGUCGGGCACGCUGCUUACCUCCCAGCCUGACGUGAAUAUCGAGAUGCUCUUCCACCCCACAAGGGAAAUCCUCCUCAAGAACAAACCCAUCCUGUACUGCCGGGUGAUGGAUGCCAGCUCAGAGGAAGGAGACCAGACUGUCACUGACAUCCCAGUGAGGGUAUCAGCAAAAGCUGUGUACAGCAAGUACAGCAUUGAGCCUGCCUCACCCAUCAACUUUGGUGCCAUGCUCAAGGGCACCAAGCAGACCCAGACUGUCGUGCUGGAGAACAAAGGCAUGCUCACCUUCAACUUCCACAUCCACCAAGCCCCCGAGGAUGCAUCUGCCUUGGAAAGCCAAAGUUCAAAGCAAGGGGAAUCUGCUCCGUUGGCUACAAAGCACUCCAUGGGAAGGAAAUCAAGCUCCUCGACACAGGGUUCCCUCAAUCUCGGCAUGUUCACGGUGUCCCCUUGCUCUGGCUCCAUCGGUCCGUGGGGCCAGCAGAAGAUCACAGUGGAAUGCCUCGCAGGGCAGGAGGGGACAUGUGAGGAGCAGCUCUACAUUGACAUCACGGGCAGAGACCCCAAGGACAAUCCCCUCGGCAUUCCCUUUACCCUGACUGCCGAGUCCUGCCUCCCAGCAAUCGUUGAGGAUGUCACGUCAAUCUUUGAGGACUACCCAAUCUGCAGCAGCGCCGACCUCAGCAACACACUGCAGUCAGUGAAAGGUGCAGGCCUGUUCAUCAGAGAUGAGAACAAAUUCAUCUUCAACAAGGUUCUGGUUGGGCAAAAGGCUAAAGCUUUCUUCACCUUCUACAAUGCAAGCGGUCUGCCAUGUGAUGUGGUCCUCUCUAUCAAACCCCUGCCUGGAAAGGAAAAAAGCUCUAUCAACAACUUUUUCAACUUGUAUCCAGUCAAGAUGUCCAUUCCUGGCUCAUCCUAUGCUGUUGCUACGGUGAUCUUCACCCCACCAGAUGAGCAGACCUACGAAUGCACUUUCAAGGCUUCCCUUGUCAUCCCAAAAAGCUCUGUGAAAAUUAGACCCCAAGUCCUGACCUUCACCAUCAGUGGGAAGGGGCACAAGCCGCAGGUGACAGUCGUGUGCCCAAGUGCUCGCAGCAGCAGGGGAAACGCCGUGCUGCGCUUCAAGAGGCUCCAGCUGGGGGACUCAGAGAUGCUCCCCCUGGUCGUGCGUAACAACGGCGUCGUCCCUGUCGAGUUUAUGUUACACCUGGAGGACGAGCACGGAGCGUUCCUCUUGAAAGGCAGGCGCUCCACACUAAAGAGAUUCUACACUGAAGAUGUGGAAGAGGACUCCGUUGAAAAUGAGAAGAAGCCCCCAAAGCCUUUCCUGCUUCUGGAUCAUGGGCAGUCAACGGAGUUUGAUGUCAUUUUCAAACCCACCCUGGCUCAACGUCUGGAAGGGAAGAUUCGUGCCUUAGUGGGGGACACCUCUAACAAGACCGUAAUAGAGCUGGUGGGUGAAGGCCACAAGGAUGAAUUCACUCUGGACGGACUAGAGGAGGAGGACAGGAAUGCUAAGAGCAGUCUGAAGAAAGACAUCAUUGAUGCUGUCAGAGUGAAUGAGAUCCAGUUUGGGGCCUCUCCUGUCGGGAAGCUCUGCAGCAGGACCUUCACCAUCACCAACCACACCCAAAGGAAGGUCAUGCGUUUUGAGUGGGAGGCAAACGCCCCAUUCCAGUUCUCCCCCAAGGUGGGACAUCUCUAUCCUGGCAGUGCCAAAUCCAUCACAGUGACCAUGAAAUCAGAUGUCCCAGCCACCUUCAGGAGGCACCUUGUGAAAUGUAAGGUGACCAAGAUCAACGCUGAGCUGCCACAAGGGAAGGUUCAGGACUGGGAUGACAAAAUGUGUAUUGUCACAUGGAAGGUUUCCACCAGGAAAGACCCAGCUGCCCAUUGGCCUGAAUUUUUUCAGAAGGUGGUGGAGCCGGUCCCGGAACCGGCUCACACCGUGGUGGAGGACAGCAGCCGGGAGGCCGAGGUGUACCUCAGUGCCGUUAGUGCCUACACCGAGUUCAAACUGAGCACAAUUGUGGUUCAGCUCAAGGACACCCUGCCCUUCCAGACAAGCACAGCCACUUUCAGGAUGCACAACACAGGGAAGGUACCCCUGGAAUACUCCUGGGAGAAAGCUGCAGAUAGUGAAGCAGUGAAGAAGCCAUACUCAACCGCUCUGAUGCGUCGGUUCCUCUCCUCUGCUACUGUAAGGCAUCGCAAUGAGCUGCUGCGUCGUUUCUGGUGGGAGCAGGAUCAUCCUUCUGAGCUGCAGCGGCUGCAGCAGUUUGCCAAGCAGCAGCAGCAGCAGGAUUCCCAGCAGCAGCAGGAUUCCAAACAGCAGCAGCCUUCUGAAUGGCAGCAGCUUUAUGAGAAGGAGCCUUCUAUGGAGGAAACACUUUAUGAGGACGACUUUCCUGAGGAAAUACAGCGUAUUGUGGCAGAGGUGCUUUCUGAGAAGCAGCCUCUAGAGAAGAAGCUUAGUGAGGAGCAGCUUUCUGAGAAGCAGCUUAGUGAGAACCAGCUUUCUGAGGAGGAGCAGCUGUAUUCCAAGCAGAAGAAGUGUUCCAAGGAGCAUUCCAAGAAGCAUUCCAAGUGGCACCGCUCCAAGGAACGACACCUCUCUCAGCAGCAGCGGCAGGAACAGCCCGAGCAGCAGGACCAUUCCAAGAAGCCACGCCACUCGAAGGAAAAGCAGCUCUCCCUGCAGCGUGUCAGUUCCUCCCUGGAAAUCUUCCCAGAUGUCCUCCAUGACCUGUUCUUCAUCAAACCCUACCUAGGCAUCAUCGCUCCUGGCCAGACGCAGACCUUUGAGGUGCUGUUCUCCCCGAAGUGCGCGGGGAAGUUCAUGAGCACCAUGCUGUGCAGGAUUCCUAACCUGAAGCCAACUCAGAAGAAGGUGCAGGUGAUUAUGAAAGGCACAGCCCAGGAGCAGAAGAGUCUUGGUAAACCGAAACACUCUGGGUUACAGCAAACACAAAGACCAGAGACCCAAGGAGCAAGUGCACUGGAAACAAACAUCUGAGUGACAGCGUUUGUGUCAGCUGGAGCAUCCGGCAGGAGCCACCAACACUGUGUCUUCUGCUGCUGAUGGUCUCCAUUAAAUGUUAACUGUUAAUUGUUAUUAAACAGUUGGCAAUACAUUGUUAAUUGUCAGCUUGUCUUGGUUAGAAAGACAGGUGUCUGCGGGACCUUUCUGGAAUGGAGAAUGUGACCCCCUUCUCUCCAAAUUAUUAUAACUAUGAAAUUAAGGGGCUUUCAGGCAAAGAUGGGGGAAAAGGAGUAACAGUUCUUUACUAGUAUGUAGAACAAGACAAACAAACAACAACACUGGCAGCAACAACAAACAGAACCAGAUACCUAACCACAGCCUUCUCUCAGCUGCAGGCACUUUGCCUUUGGUGUUGUUCCAAUCACAGCUGGGCAGGGAAGGGAGGCAAAUAAUGAAUAAAUCAACUGCUAGAGAAAUUCUAAUUAAGUUACACCAAGGAAUACACUGGAGAACUCAAGCACUGUGUAAUCACUUCUUAAGAACUUACUGCUGUGAGGCAGUCUAUACAGUAGGCAAAUUGUGACUGAACAAUGAUCCAUUUGUUAAAAGAUAGAUAAGAAAGUGAUGAGAAAACGCCCUAGUGAGGGAAGAGCCCUAGCCCUGAGGCCCUUUCAAAAUAUGCAAAUGGAUUACACUGAGUUCCCCAAAAUAGAAGGAAAUAUCUUCUUGUAAGAGCUAAUUACCUCACCCAUGGGGUAGAAGCCCUUCCUAGCUCAACUCUAACUACCUCCAAAGUGGCUAAGAUGCUUAUAGCAUCGUGCUUUUUAGGAGUGGAGCUGAAGCCUAGACUCCAAUAAGCCUCUCUGGUGGGAAAGACCGCUUGGGAAAACUCAGGCAAAGCAGUAAAGCUCACAUAUCCACACACGCUGCCUGAUUUUGUAACGUUGCAUGCCUAGUAAUCUCAGUGUCACUAAGCAGGUCCCUGAGUACAGAGGAGGUAGUGUUUGCCUGCUUACUAAGCCAGCAUCCAGGUGACAAAGCUCACCGAGAGCCUUAGCUGCGCCCACCCAAGGUAAAGUCAGUGAGACCACGACUCUGUCCUUUAUUCCAAGUAUAAUCUUGGCUAUCACAAUUUUCAUCAAACUUAGUGUAUGAUCUCUUUUGGCGUUCCAAUGUCCUUUUCUGUUUCCAUUCUGAAGUAAGGUUAUGUUGGGGGUGAGGACAGUAAGCUGGCCAAGGCUACAGGGACCUCUUUGAAGGCGUGAGGCGAUUCCAGCCCAUACUUGGUUUCCACAGAUAAGGAACACUCCCCAAGGCAACACUUUGGGAUGGAGUAUGGACAAGGAAAGUUUAAGACUGGUGUAAUUGCACCAAUUUAGGGGGGAUAGUUUUUAUCAAAUGGGGUUACAUCCUUUCUAUGGGCAGACCUAAUAAAGUCAAGACAGGUCAAGAUUUCGUUGGGAGGUUGAUACUGAAAUUGAAUGCAGUAAUGAGCCUUGGAAAACCCUAACAGCUCCAAUUCUUGGGGUUUCUCUGGUGCUUGGGCUAAGGUCCAUGUCCACUCAUCCCAAACCUCUACCAGACUGGGUUUCUUAUCUGCAUAUGGGUAUUCAUUGGCUGCUAAGGGGACCUCUACAAGGCACGUUGACAGGCGGUUGUCCACGCUGCCCAUGGACAGGCACAGGUUUGUUGGGAAGAAUGAAACAGAAAAACCUUUUAAAUAUGGCUGCUUAGAUUUUGGGAAUAUGAAACCUACAAGCGAGAUAGAAAUGAAGGCAAGUUUUGAAAUGUAGGAUACCAAGCCCUCAGCUAGUAAACAAUGGUAUGGCUAGCUGGGGGCAAUCUACCUUGAUUAAACAAGACCCUCUUGCUUGCCGAAGGUGGAAUGCUAAUCCUAUAGGCUGUAUGUAAAUGCUGUAAGAUCUGUAUCUUGCACUGGAUUGGCUAGUGUAAAUCAGAAUAUUCAACACAGAAGGAGAUUUAUUGUACUGCAACAAGAACUUGCUCUCUCUUUUCCUUGCGUGCUUCUACCUGUGCCUAGCAGCUCCAAGCAGUGCCCCUGCACCCACAGUAAACCACGUGUUCACAGAGAUGCUUUGUUUCCAGAGGUAUCUCGUCUACGUCGCAGCUCUAGGUGGAUCUCCUACAUAGGUUAUCUUGUUGUAAAUUCUUGGCUAGUGUGACCCAGAUGUUCUGGUUGGCCUGAGGAGCAAUCCAUGCAUUAGCUGAUGGAAGGGUGAGGAGCAUCCAAAGUCCUACUUGGAGAAGAUAGGGACUUCCUGCCGCAGGAGACAUGGCAGGAUUCUUGUAGAUGAUGAGUUGAUCUGUGAGUUUGAAAAGAUGAAAUUUUAUAUAAUCUUAACAGCCUCUCGUACCUUCCAUCCUAACCACUCAGUAUGUACUGUGUAGAAAGGGUAUGGGAAAAUAAGAGGGGAUAGCAGUGCAGCAACCAACAGAGAGGUAGCAGUAAGAUUAACAAAAAAAAGUAACAGUGCAACACUCUUCGGGGAUGGAGUUCAUCAGAGAGUUUUACAGUCUCUUGAGGUACUGGAGGGUUGUCUUUUUCUGCGGCGAACAUCUGUGUUUAUAUUCCUUUUCCUUCUUCUACUCCACGCCUCCCGGGCUUGAUCUCCUUUCUGUCUCUGAGGUUGCAGAGAAGCGUCUGUGGGUGCAUCCUUUAGCGGUUCGAUGUAUGGCUUGACUUUGCUGCCUGGAAUCCACCUUGGCCCAGAGUCUGUGGACACGCAAGCAUAUCCUCUGCAAGUUAUUAAUUGGAAUGGACCCAUUAUCUGCUUGGAUUCGGGAUCUUUGAUCAGCACAGGGGGUUUCUCCGAGAGCUGUGCUCUGCUUGUGUUGAAAAAGUGCCUGGGGGGGGGGGGAGGUUGGCUCCGUGAAUUAAUUAUUAAGAAAAUUGAUAACAUAAAGAGCCUUGCAUAAUUUUUCUACAUUUGAUAGCAUUUCAACGUGCCCAUGCUGCUGAUCAAGGACUCUCUUGAGAGUGUGGUGAGCCCUUUCUACAAUGGAAUGCCCUGUUGGGGAGUGGGGUAUUCCUGUGUCAUGUUUCACCCCUGACUGACUUAGGAACUGUUUGAAAAUUUUUGAGCCAUAAGCAGGACCAUUAGCUGGGCUUGGGGAACACCCAGGGUGGAAAAUGCCUGAAGGAAGUGUCGGAUGACAUCUUUUGUCUUUUUUCCUGAGUGUGCUGAUGCAAAUAUAGCCCCAGAAAAUGUAUCUAUGGACAUGCAAAUGUAUAUCAGUCUCCCAAAGGGUGCAUAAUGUGUGACAUCUGUCUGCCACAACUGUGAACUCUCGAGGCCACGACGGUUAACCCCAGCCCCCAUGGACAGCAAGACAUAAUCCUGGCAGUUGGGACAGGAACCCACUAUUGCUCUUACCUGUUCUCUAGUGAUUUUGAAUAUCCGGACUAGGGCUGGUACAUUUUGAUGAAGGAACUGAUGACUCAGUUUAGCCUGAUUAAAGAUGUCUGGUAGGGUAACUCGUACUGCCAUAGCUAAAGCGUUAGCUCUCCGCUGCCUUCUGUAAUGGGUCCGGAGAGGUCAGUGUGUGACCUCACAUGCAUAAUGUGAUAUGGUUGCUCCUGGUGGGAGAGGAGGAAUACUAGCUUUGAGAGCAAGCUGUAUAAAGCUAGAUUUGCCACUUCCUUUAAUAGGGAAUGUUCUGCCCUCUCAACUGUCCUGGAAACAUAGUCCAAAUCAGUAACUAUAUCUAGAGGUUGUUUGAACUUUUCAAAGGCUCUGACAACAGCUGUGUGAAAAAUGUAGAAUGUUAAUUCAUGUUCUUAUAGUUAAUGAAAUUUAUUGAAAACUAUAAAACUGUAUAUAUGUGUGUGUUGUAUGAAAAUAUAAGUUUCAGGACAUCUUGUAACAUUUUGUUAAACCAAAUUAUGAAAAGGCAGGCACCACCCCAGAAGCUCACAUUCAGAAAUAGACAAAAGGUUUACGGAAAACCGGCUGUCUCCUCGAGCACUGGGAGGAGACCCAUCAAGAUAAGGCGGCAGGACCAUCAACACCCCAGCCGACACCCUCACCGAGCAUCAAGCAUCAUCAUCCAUAUCUCGGAUGUGAAAAAGGCAUAUUGUAUGUGUGGCUCUACGCAGGUAUUUACUAUAUGUAAUCUGAUAGAUAGAAAAGUUAUACUAUAUUAACAUUAGAAUAAUGUAGUGAAUGUAGUUUUGUAAUUAACAAUAAGUUAUAGUACAAUAGAAGCUGUGUAUGUGUGUUAUAUUUUUUUUUGCUCAAGAAGAAAAAUUCCUCAGCACAGAGAUAACAUUCACAGAGGCCCCUAAACCUUCUAGUGAAGAAGAAUUUAUGGCCUCUUAUCCACAGAACCCAACUUUCUCAAGGACGUAUGCUCUCAUGCAUUCUUUUAAUUAACAGAAAGCUUUUGUGACAAGAAACAGCUGAAAAUUACUUGUUUUACGUAAGAUAUGAAUAGUCAUAAACUGAAGGCUUAAAAAAGACUUCUCUUUGUUCUGGGCCCUUCUCCUUCCUAGCCUUUGUCUGGGAGGGAGGGGGGACAAAAGCCCGGGCUACCUUCUUUGCUUUUAUUGUCUCAUUCUUUGUCCUGUCUCUGAAAACUUUUUAAACUUUUAUUAUUGUAUUAAUAUUUUUGUAACCAAUUUUUAUUCUUUAUUAAAUAUUCAUAAAUUUCAAAAAAAGCGAGUGAUUGGCGUUUAUCACAGUUAAUGGCAGAACAGGGCAGGGCUGAGCAGGCCCAAGGCUUUGAGUGGUCUGUAGAGUUCCCUUGAAACCCAGCAUUUUACACUUGGAUAAUUCCUGUAUACUCAUCAUCUAGUUUAUUUUCCUUCCAAUUAUUUUAACAAACAGCUGCCAUGGGUGUUGUCUUGGCGAAGUAUCACACUGUGUCAGAGCUGCUGAAGCUGCUGUCCAAUGAGACACUGAGCACAGGAGAAAAAAUCAGUAUUCUUCUAAGAAUUGGACACUGUACUG